CUUGGAGCGGGGAAUAACUGAGAAACGACCUCUCGUAGGACCGCGGCCGCGUACUUAAAAAGUUGCAAAUUCGUCAUUUGACUGGUCCGUUCCAUCCACGGUUGGAAAGCAGAGGCUGGUUGCCGUGCGCGCGUACAGUUGAGCUGGUUUCAGAAGCCUGUCGCAUCGAGUCAGUGGUGAAUAGUGAAAUUGAACAGUGAACUUGAACAGUGGUAAACAUCAGACUUCAAUGGGUGACGCAACGCUGGCCACCGUGGUGAAGAUGCAACCAGCGCUUGUACUCUGGAAAUGGACUUUUGCGUUUGUGUGGUUUGUGUGGGCGAUGGCGGUGGCAGUGGCUGAGCGCCUGGCGCUGAAGCUGAAAUUAUGGAAGAAUGCCUCUGGAGAGACAGAGCCAGUCCAUGGUGCGGCCCGGGCGAGAGAGCUCGGCCAGCCUCUAGGCCAGCCCGCCGCAGCUACCCCGAGGAGUGUUAACUACCACUUCACUCGGAAGUGCAACUACAAGUGCGGAUUCUGCUUCCACACUGCAACGACAUCCUUCUACCUCCCUCUGGAGGAGGCGAAGAAGGGGCUGCGCAUGCUCAAGGACCAGGGAAUGGAAAAGAUCAACUUUUCCGGCGGCGAGCCGUUCAUCCACGACCGAGGCGACCACCUGGGGGAGCUCGUCAGGUUCUGCAAGCAGGACCUGCGCCUGGAGAGCGUCACCAUCGUCAGCAACGGCAGCCUCAUCCGCAAGUCCUGGUUCAACAAAUACGGGGACUACUUGGACAUCCUGGCCAUCUCGUGCGACAGCUUCGACAACGAGACCAACGACCGCAUCGGCCGCGGCCAGGGCAACCGGGACAACAGGCACGUCAACAAGCUGUACCAGAUCCACGACUGGUGUCGCGAGCACAAGGUGUGCUUCAAGAUCAACACCGUGGUCAACACGUUCAACAAGGACGAGGACAUGGCGGAGAACAUCCUGGGCCUCAACCCCAUGAGAUGGAAGGUGUUCCAGUGCCUUCUCCUGAAGGGCGAAAACUGCGGCGAGAGCGCGCUCCGGGACGCGGAGCCGUUCUACAUCUCGGACGAGGAGUUCCAGGUCUUCCUGGACCGCCACAAGUCCGUCCCGAUGCUGGUACCGGAGGGAAACGCCAAGAUGCGUGAUUCGUACCUGAUCCUCGACGAGUAUAUGCGCUUCCUGAACUGCACAGAGGGCUGGAAGAAGCCCUCCAAGUCCAUCCUGGACGUGGGCGUCAAGGCCGCCAUCAACGACGCCGGCUUCGACGAGGCCAUGUUCCUCAAGAGGGGCGGCGUCUACAAGUGGACCAACGAGGAAAAGAAGCUCGAUUGGUAGACGUGGCGGGCCCCCUGCCGGGCAACCAGUGGACUCAAGACGCAAGGGACAAGGGUCCUACAAUACCCCAACCCACACCGAAGCCAUGGGCCGGCGGCCCCGCUCUCGGGCCCGUCACUACCCCACGCACUAGUGGUUCCAUUCGGGCGCAGGGUAUUGUCAGAGCCGUCUCCCUCCACUAGGCUUGACAAACUUCUUGUUUUUUAUUUUGUUUUCGCGCCUCGCGUUUCAGGAUUUUCGCACUACCUCUCUAGUUAAGACUUAAGCUUAUUCUUGUCGUAGCUUACUUUUAUAGAUGCUACUCGUACCUGUUGGUCUGUCGGUGUCUUGUCUUGCAAGGGGAACAAGCCUGUUUUUGGCGCUCUUUUAGACGUUUUAUCUGGAAUCUUUAUUCCGCUGGUGAAUUCCCCCACGUCGUCUGCGUCAUAUUGAAUGUGUUGUUGUGGACUGUUCCGUUCCUAGGAAAAGUGGUACUAACGGCGAGUGCUGCUGGAAUGUUUUUCAGUGUAGAGUUCCUUUUUGCUCAGUAUUAUUAUGUCUACGUUAUCAUAAUAAAACACUAAUUCAAGGUAGAAAUAAA